AUGGCGAACAUAUCACAACUCACGACGCUGGCGACGCAGGGCAAUCACGCAGCGACAGCCACACUUGAGUUGCACAUCCGUAACCUUUGUCCUUCAAAGGACCCAUCCGAUGACUCUCCUAAUUGGGUGUUUGACCCAGAUGCGGAGAAAUGGGUGGACCAGCCGCCUCCAUAUUCUCCUGAGGUGAAGAUUGCUGAGGAAAAGAUGCAGGCCAUGCUUCAGGUGGCCAUCGCCUCUUUAAUCAAUUUGCAGAGUCUCAAAUGGCGCAUCGGUGGGUACGAUUCAAAGUGGACGCCAACAGCGGUCAUCAACGCGGCCAAAACUCUUCCACUUCUUGAAUCUUUAGAGUUGAUUGUAGAAAAAACUUUUGAUAUGGCAGACCUCCGGCUAGAAUCGCUACGAAAUCUGCAGAUCAUCAAAAUAUCCUCGCCCAACAACGACUCCUUUGUGAAAACCAUUGAACCCCUUUCGCUCUUGAUUGUGAACUCGCCAAACCUGCACACCCUUCAUCUGGGACCUACGUACAGUUCAAAGGCAUCCCUUCAUCGCCUUUUGAGGAAUUGCCCUCCAAGCCUCGUUUUACCGCUGAAGCAUCUGGGUUUGCAGGGAUUCUCACUGAAGCUCGACAGAUUGAAGAAACUGCGUCUGGCGCCUACAAACUUUGAGACUCAGGAAGAAUCUGAUCCUGCCGCCAACCAAUUUUAUAACCUUUGUUUAGGCAAGCAUACGAGCACCCUUGAAGAGCUCAUUGUUAUAGCUGAGUAUGAAGGAGGGUGGUGCUUCGGGGAUCAAGCUCUCGUGGUGAUCUCGCAAUGCAAGAAGUUGAAGAUCCUCGAGGGUAGCCUCGUUUCGGGAGCCCUCGACGACGCUGUGAAGUCGUUGGUGGACGUUACCACACAACUCCCUCGCAUCGAGAAACUGACCGUUCAUCCUGCGGACCUCAAGAGGGACUUCCGUUGGAAUGUUUGGGCUAACCCGAUGAUGAGCCAUGUUCAGCAUGUGACGACGCAACUUUUGGGAUGCAUCAGAGAGUACGAAGCAACUGAGUCUUCCAAACCCGUUCCCUCGAUCUUCGUCGACUCAAGGGAGUUUACACUGGCGCCGAGUGAAGGUGCUGGGAGUGCUGGCGGAGCGUUGAGGUAUCAAUGCGACUCUGAUUAG